CUCUUUUCUUCGGAAUCCUGCACUUUGCUCCUUGGAACAUACACCAUACUAUAUAGACGCCGAGAAAGUUGCAGUUGUUCUAACAAACGGCCGCACAAUUCAAACCCCACGAUGAAGAUUGCAAAUCGCACAUUUAUAAUCUCUGGCGGCGCCUCUGGCCUUGGUCUCGCCACGGCACGCGAACUACACAAUGCCGGCGCAUACGUCUCCCUGCUGGACCUUAACGCAGACAACGGUGCAAAAGUUGCCUCGGAGCUGGGCUCCCGUGCCAAAUUCUUCGAGGUCGAUGUCUCAUCAACAGAUUCCAUUGCCGCUGCAAUCAAAGGAACGGUGGAAUGGGUCAAGGAGACGGGCAAGGAGAUCGGAGGCGUCGUUGCGGGUGCUGGGGUUGGUCUUCCUGGACUCAUCAUCGACAAGAAGAACGAGCCGCUGGCGAUUGAGAGCAUUGAUUUCGUGCUGAAUAUCAAUCUGCGUGGAACCCUGGAUUUGAUUAGGCAGGCGUUGCCGUAUAUGACGACUGCGACACCCGAGGGCGAGGUGGGCGAGCGGGGUGUUAUCAUCAUGAUUGCCAGCUCUGCUGCCUUCGACGGGCAGAUGGGUCAGGUCGCGUAUGCGGCUAGCAAGGGAGCGGUUGCUUCGUUGACUCUACCGCUUGCGAGAGAUUUGUCGAAGUAUGGCAUCCGUGCAGUGACCAUUGCGCCGGCGCUAUUCGAUUCGGCGAUGACGAAGAUGUUGGGGAAGAAGGUCAAGCAGAGCUUGUAUAACGCUAUGGAGUUCCCGAAGAGGGCCGGUCAGCCAGAUGAGUUUGCCCGCUUGGUCAAGGAGUGCGUGGAGAAUGUCAUGCUGAACGGAACCGUGCUGCGGUUGGAUGGUGCCAUGAGGAUGCCUGCCCGGUUGUAGGUUAAGCCGGAAGAGUCGUGUAUCUGUAUGAUGUAUGUAGCUGGAUGAGGAACAUAAGGACUGGGCAUCCAGAUAUCCAACCAGGCGUGGAGAUCGACCCCUCCCUCUCCUCAUUUCUUCCUCUGCCUAAUCUUGAACUUGACGCCAUCCUUGUUCACGCCACCGACCGAACCGUUCAUCUUCGCCCGUUGCAUCUCCAGCUCCUGCUCAGCCGCCAUCAACUCCCUCUCCCUCUUCUUCACAGCUUCCAAAUGUAUCUCCAUUCUCUCUUGUGUCCGCUCUCUUCGCUUCUGCAAAGCCCUCUUCUCUUUCUCCUCCCGCAACUUCGCCUCCAGCUGCUUCUUGGUCAACUUCUUCGGCUUCUCUUCUUCCUCUUCCUCCUCCUCCGCA